CCUUUCCUCAUAUCGAUCGACAUGGACAUGACCAGGCAGCUACCCGAGGACAUGCUCCUGGACGUCCUCCGCCGCCUCCCUCCCCGCAGCCUCGCGGCGUCCCGCUGCGUUCGCAAGGGAUGGCGCGCCGCCGUCGACGGCCACCGCCUACUGCGCACGGACCUUCUCCCGCUCUCGCUCGAUGGCGUCUUCCUCGAGCUGCGUGACCCGGACCUGCCCCUCGAGCGGAUGGAGCACCCCAUGCCCGCGCUCUUCUCACGCCGCACCACGGCGCGCCGGAUCGCCGCCAGCCUUGGCUACCCGGACACCCCCUCCGUGUUCGACUGCGGCGUCCAGGACUGCUGCAACGGCCUCCUCCUGCUCUGCGGCCACGUGGUCAACCCUGCCACGCUGCAGUGGGUGGAGUUACCCGCAGCGCCCCCCCGGUGCUGCGAUCUCUGCAUGAGCGGUCACUACCUCGUGUUUGAUCCGACGGUGUCGCAGCACUACGAGGUGCUCUCGGUCCCUGACAUACCAUGGAGCCUUCCGACGGGGCACAUUUCCAAGCAUGCGUGCGAGGAUAAGCCGGUGUCCGAGAUGGAGUGGCCGCCUUCGCCGUACGUCGUGGAUGUCUUCUCCUCAUGGACCGGUGAGUGGAAGGAGAGGUCGUUUGUUCGGGAAGGGAUGGCCGCGGGAACGGUCGCCGGUUGUAGGUCAAAGGAAAGACGCAUAUUGCGUUACGCUGCUUACUGGCGUGGAGCACUCUACGUCUCUUGCGAAGACGAUUUUGUUUUGAGAAUGAACUUGUCAAAUGAUAAAUACCAAGUAAUUCAGUGCCCUCAAGGAAAGAAGCUAGCGUCUUAUGCACCUCGUCUCGGCAAAUCCAAGAAGGGUGUCUAUUGCGCAUUCCGUGUUGCACGUGAUGCAUUCCAGCUAUGGUUCCUUAACGAGACGUAUGGAAAGAUGGACUGGGUGUUGAACAAUGACAUCAACUUUGAGCAUGUUCCUAAAUGCCCUUGUAACUUUGCUGGGGGAUCCUGGAUCUUACAAGCGACAGUGACGAAGAGCUAGUCGAAGACAACUCUGAAUGGGAUCCGAACAAUGAUAAUGUGGUUAGCGCUGAAGAUUGGGUUGCCAAGCACGAUUCUAACUCGACAAUUGAUUUUCUUGGAUUUCAUCCUUACAAAGAGAUUGCUCUGUUUGAAUCGAGCGGCAAUGUAAUGGCCUACCAUAUGAACACUUUGAAGGUUCGGGAUCUGGGUCAUAUUAAAAUGGGGAGGAACGAGAUUGAAUGUUCUUUCCCGUACAUGCCAUGUUGGAUUGGCCCGUUACCUGGAAGCCAUUAUAGA